GUUCAAGAUGGCGGCGUGGAUGUCGAAUUUUUUGACCGCAAUACUAUGCCUUUUUCUAUGGAUAGAGAACGUGCAUGGUUUUGCGAUUAAGUCAGGAAAUUCCUCUGUCUAGCCUUUUACUUGAAUUUGGUCGAUUGAUGGUUAGCUAGUGACAUUGCGGCCUGAAUUCACAGAUAUCAUGGCAGAACCAAAUUUCAAAGGUCUUUUACAAAUGCAUUGUCAAAAAGCUAAGGUUGAACUCCCCAAGUAUAGUUGCACACAAAAAAUGCAAGGACAUAUUCCAGUUUUCUCGGCUAAUUUGGUCGUUUUGGGGCAAAAUUUUACUAGCGAAGGCGAGUUCAGCACCAAAAAGCAGGCUGAAAAAAGUGCGGCUAAGGUUGCUUUGCGCGAAUUGAGAAUUCUUGGGGGAGAUUUUCAGCUGAAAUCCUGCACUGCACUCUCUCAGACUGUGAAUGAAGGAUUUCCCAGUUGCAAGGUAGACCAGUCUUGCACAGACAUAAACUCUGGGUCAACAACAGCAGUGGAAGAAAUUCACAAAGAUAUGCAAGUUUCUACUUCGCCUGAAAAGUGUGAAAAAGCUUCCAUUCCAGAAACACAAAUGUCUUCUCCAGAGAUCCAGAAAACAUUAUUCACUUCCAACCCUACUGUGACUCCUGUUUCAAGAAAAGGUAAUGGUGUUGUUUCAUUCAAGAAUGUUCUUCAAGAAAGGGCCCAAAAGACAGGAUUAGCUUUACCUCAGUAUGAGACGGUGCAAGAAGGUGGAGGUUUUGUAUGCACAGUCACCUUUAAUGGACAGUGUUUUAAGAGUGAAGGAUGUUCACCUAGCAAAAAGCUGGCUCAACAGAAUGCAGCUGCUGUAGCCUUUAAGACUUUAACCUCCGGGGAAAAAACGGAUGAAAAUUCCCCACUCCCUUCAAGAACAUCAGCAUCAAACAUAGAGACCCCUCAAGCAACAAGUAUGCAGUCUCCAGCAACAACUCCAGAAAUGUUUGAUGCCACAGUUUCCUAUAAGAACCUCCUCCAGGAAAAUUGUCAGCAAAGAGGAAAUAAGCCCCCCACAUACUCCACAACCUGGGAAGGUAUAUGGCAUGUACAGGCUUUUUGUUUCUACCAAACUCUUUCUUUUUUCUUCCUGAACUAAAACCGUAAGUAGAGUCUUGGGAAUUUUGAGCUACAUUUAUAGCACAAAGCAACCACAUAUUUUAGUCAGUAAAUAUAUGAGCCAUAAGCCUUUAAGUCAUUGCUUGCAAUCAAAGCCUAGGUGCAUUAAUUGAGGCUAUAACUUUGUAGAUACUUGAUGUAAUGUUAAAUAAUAAUCAUCAUCUUUUGCUAACAAGGAAAUACACUUAUAUGACUAUUUGAAAGAAGAGUGAAGACACUCCUUAAUCAGAAGUCACUUUGCAGGCUGGGCUUUUUUUCCAUUCACUAACCCCGGCGGGGGGAGGGUACUUGGGAUAAUUUUAGCUGGGUAUGUACUGCUGGUCUCUCAUCAGAGCCCCUUCCCCAUUAUAGUCUAUUCUGUGGUCAAACAUAGGCCCCACCUUAGUCACUUUUGGGCAAAAACGUCAUUUUCACGAUCCCAACUUAUUCACUUUCUAAUAUGUAUCUACCUUAUAUUGAAUAAAGAACACUGUACUUUUCACCUAAACUACAAACAUUCUGGUAUGACUGUUUGCUAACCAUAAAUAUGAAGAACAGUCUCACCCCAAAACUCAGAAAAUGGUGACCCCUUUAUACAUACAUACAUACAUACUUUAUUGGCUCGUCCCCACGGGGCUUUUCAGAGUCAAUUUUACAUUACAAAAUUAUAAACCAAGUACAUGACAAUAAGAAUAUAACAAUGAUAAAAGAAGACAAAGGUCAAUAAAAUUAAUUAAAUUAAUUAAAUAAAGCAGUCAUUAAGAAGCUUUUGCCUGAGUAAACACUUGAAUUCCGUCACGGAUGGGCUAAGUUUGAGCGCAGGCUGCAACUCAUUCCAGAGAGAGGUUGCUCUAUAUUGAAAGGUCCUUUGGCCGCUGGCAGUGCGGAAGAGUGGUAUGUUCAAAAGUUGAGAAUUUCUCGUAUUCCUUGUCGAGACGGCGGAUCUUCCAACGAGCUUUGAUGUCAAAUACUCCGGAGCACAACUCGUCAUGCACUCAAAAACCAGAACAGCAAAACGAAAAUAAAGUUGUUGCCUGAUUGGUAGCCAGCGCAAGUCUUUUAGCAAAGGAGUUAUGUGAUCGAAUUUUUUAGCGCUGCUCAAAAUACGACAAGCGAAAUUCUGUACUGCUUGGAGCUUGUCCAGAUUAGUUUGAGUAGUAUUGCUCCAAACAGAAGAGCAAUAGAAUAAUUUAUAGUCAAUCCAGUCGUGAAAAUGUGACCCCAUCUAGUGGCACAUUCCCAUUUGCCUCUUAUAAGGAAUCCCCCCCCCCCAGGUCACCAACCCGUUAAUAAAUUGAGUGUAAAAGUGGUGAUAAAAGAUGUGUAUCAAAAACCAUUUAAAACUGGAAACAGUCUACAUGGCAAAGCUUUUUUUGCUGUAGUGGAACCCCGCUCUAUGGACACCCACUUAAUAUGGACACCCAUAUAUAAGUGACAGUUUAUUUUCCCCAACAUUAACCUGCUUAAUACAGACAUCAGUUAAUACGGGCGACGGACAUUUUCCUGAGUCCUGAGUCACAAACUCCCAUAUAUUGUAAACCCUGCUUUAUGGACACUGUUUAUAUAAGCAUUGUUUAUGACUGAAUACUGUAUCUUACUAGUGAAAAUAUAACAGAAACUAAGAAUGACCUUGCAAAGGCUCUGUCUAAUACCCAGGCCAAAAGGCUUAGUCACAAAGUAAACUUGCUAGCACUAAGUAAUAAAGUUGCAGAUUCCAUUGUUGUGUUUCAAGAACAAUACUUAAAGGGUAAUUUUAGUCUGAGACUAUGGUAAAAUAUUAUUAUUGUGAGUUUUCUUUAGGAUGAACUUGUUAAAGUUACAGUUAAGAAAUCAAACAACAUUUUCUAAAAAAAAAAACUGCUUUAGUCUUCGUACUGAUAAGAACUAGGUCUGUUACGUCUUUUCUGAGAGCCCCUUAUUAUCUUGUAUUAUAUAGACACCCCGAUAAUAUGGACACUAUGGCAUGUCCCUUUCAUGUCCUUAUUAUCCAGGUUCCACUGUAUUUUGAAAGUUAAACUUACAGCAAUCUUUUUUUUGUUGUUGUUAGCUUACUAAAAGUAUUCACAUUUUCUUCCAAGGAACUGGGUUUAUCAGCACUGUUUGUUUUGGUGAUGUUAUGGUAUCUACCAAGGCACCGUACACUUCCAAAAAACAAGCAGAACAAGCUGCUGCUCGUGAAGCCCUGUUGGUAAUUGGUGUUUCAAAUCCAGAGGAAGUCUUUGUUAACAAGGGAACAAAGAAGAACAAGUUGAAAAGAAAGUUUGCACCCAUGGUUGGGCAACAGAGAACAUCAUGGGUUCAUUUCCGUGGAAUACAAGCAGGAGGAUGGCAAUCUAGUGAUUGGUAAGGUUAAAUAAUAAUAUCCUAAGUCUCUUCUAGUUUGUUUCACAUUAAUUGAUGAUACAGUAUAAUAAUAACCAAUAAAUUAUGUUUGUGUAAUCAAAUGAUGACAAGUGAAUAUUUCAAGUGUGUUUUGUCCAAAUUCCAAUUAUAAACACAAGUGAAAUUAUUCUCUAAUUUCAUCAACACACCAUCAAUUUUGAUUAACUAUUAAUAUCAUGGGUGGCAAAUUACACUCACGAUCAUGGGUUUGUGCUUUGUUUCUCAUAUCUAGAACUCCAUGCACAGUCUGAAAUGUCAUCCAUCUCUUCGUCCCACCUCCUCUCCUAAUGGGCGGCCAGGGGAGAGAGACUUGCCGCUUGGAGGUUAGGGUUAGGUUGGGGGAUGGGGCAUUGUUUGAGACUCAAUGUAUUGAAAAGUUUAGAGCAUAAAUUUUUGCUUAAGUUCUCAAUUUGUUGAUUUUUUUUAACAAAAUACCUGUUAGAAUCCUUCUCGAUAUGCAUUUCGAUGUGUUUGGUUUCUGAAGCGUCUUUAAUACAAUGACAUCUUCAUUCAUAACAUUUCUUUUUUACACGAUGUUAUCAUGACCAGGUGAAAUUUCGCACCAAAAGUAAGGAGUUAUCUAUCACCCAUGAUAAUUUUAUUUGAAAUUCCAUGAAUCUCAACAAUGAUAAUAGGCCCUUUGCAGCUAGCCAUUCUCGUGCUACAAAACCAUUUGGCUGGAGAGCAAAAGUCGCACUGGGACAAGACAAACAAAAGUUAUACAUAAUUUUAGAUAGUAAUUUCCUUUGUUUGUCUUGUCCUAGUGUGGCUUUUGCUCUCCAGCAUGGUGGUUUUGUACCACGUAAAUGGCUAGCUACAAAGGGCCUAUUGAUUUAAGUUGUUGCUUUUCUUGGACUAGACUCUAGAAAACUAAGUCACGUGAGUACUUGAGUGAAAUUUAAAGUAAAACCCAGUGGGUGUUUGCCUUUUUUCUUACAUUACAUGAAUAACAAGACACUCCAUGUGCUAUGAAAAGGGUGCUUUUAACUCCAAUAAUAUUAUUCUUUCAUGUAUGUUUUGCAAAAUACACUUAAGUAAACUCUGUUUGUAAUGAUGGUGUAAAAAAAGAAAACAAAUCAAAUUCAUGAUUUUUGUACUUUGCUAUGGAAUCUGCAACAAGUUCAAGUGUAAUUUCAAGGCUUUUUGCUUGUGAUCCAACAUCAGGGGAGAUGCUGAUUUCUUUUGGGAACAAGCAAUUGCAAAUAAAAGGCAGAAGUUGGAUCCAAAUGAAUCACUUUUUGGCAGGAGUAGAACAACAUUUGCCCUUCCAUUACAACACAGACGAGACUUAUCAGUUGGUGAAAUCUGGAAGGAGAAGAAAAAUGUGGUUAUUGUUGGGGAUGCAGAAUCAUCUUUUAUUCUGUACUGUACAAGAGUUCCAGGAACUUGUAAGAUUUUCAACACGCGGACAAUGUCACUGGUUGAGCUUGAACCUGGUAUUACAAGGCGUUAAGUGUUUAUUUAUACUCGUAAAUAAGGAUAAUGGAGGCAAUGAAUGAGGUGUCAAAAGUAAACAUCCAAAUGUAAAAUUUGGGCAAAGUUCGAUUUUUUAUGUUUAUGCACAACCUUUAUUACAUUGCUUCUGUUUAAUGCAAGUUUAAGCAUAUAACAUUUAUGCAAGUUCAGUGGAAAUCCAGUUUUAGAUAUAGAAUUACAGUCUCCAUGUACCAUUACAUCUUUCACCCAGUGCACUGUGAAGUAGUUAGUAAAAACAACAAAUGGGCGCUAGGAGGGCGCGCAAGGGGUGUUGCAGUGGUGAAAGCAAAGUGAAUUCCAGUGAUAUUCCUUGUCAAUACUCUUCUACAUGUAUUAAUUAUUUCUCCUGGAUUCGCAAUAAAGAAAACUGUUGAUAUUUACAUGUUUUUUUUGGUCAUAAUUCAUGUAGGUUUUCGAAUUGUUGGUCUUGAUGCCCAGUAUUCUGAUUUUAAGGGUAAGGUGGCCCUUGAAGCAGAGAGGUGUGCGAAUGUUGUUAUUCCUGAAACACCAGAUCCUGUGCUUACAAGCUGCGGUGUUGUACUUCUUUAUCAAGAUCCACAGUCCAGGUAUACUACUUAAUGUAUGUACUGUACAACAUUAGUAACAUGGGUACUUAUAGUGGUUAUGAUAAUCACAAGUAAAAUCAAAAGAAUACAAGAGUAUAUAUGAGUUCUCUUUAAUAUUGUUUAAAUAACUUGACAUGACACUGAUCUGUUUGCUUCCCAGAUGAGAGUGUAUGCAAAUUUGAACCUUCUUUUUUAAUAAUAAUUAUAAAAAAUAUUGUUUUCUUUGCUAACAGUGAUUCAAAUUUAUUAUUAUUCACCUUUUAAGUCUGCUUCAGGUACUUCUUAAAAGAUACCUUUCCAGCCAGGCAUUCGUCAAUGUUGCAGCCGCUUUGGCUCAAUAUUUUCGCCGUAAGAUCUCUGGUCGACCAGUGACGCUUGACGUUCCAAGCCUUACAGAACACAUAAGGGACUGGAUGCUGGAAGAAGUACAGAACAUUGCAACCAUGAAUGAAGAAGCUCUCCAGCAUGUGUUUUCCUACAUGUGGAAGUUCAACAAAAGAUGGAUUUCCUUUCUUAAUCCUCCUCUUCCACAUGAUCUUGAAUUUCUUAAGGUGAGUAAAAUUAAAUCACAGCUCUUCAACUAAGGGUCCACCCUUGUGGUUGCUUACGGGAAGUGGUUAUCCACAGAAAAAGCAAGAAGAUAGGCUCAAACUGAACUGAUGAACAAGCUAAAACUUAGGCAAACAGACAGCUGUGCACUGGCAAUAAUAUUUCAGAUUUUUUACUUAACAUUUUGCAUCAAUGUUCGAUCCCCUUUUUUUCCUACAGAUCGUAUUACAGCCAUCUUUUUUGUAGGUUGGCUGCUAUAACCUCUAAGCAUGCUUGGUCAAUGCUUGGUCAAUGCUUUUAGAACUUUUGUGACAUGCGAGCAAUGGUUCUCUUACAAUCGUAAGUGAUCGUGCUGGGUGGUCACUUGGGGGAAGCAGAAAACAAAAGAAUAUGUCAAAUUUUUGGUUUGAAAAGUGCUCACGGUCGUUUAAGAAACUUAAUUUCUGAGGAGAGUUUUAGACUGCUCACAGUCCUCUAUUUUUCUGUAAGAUCAUCGAGAUUGAGCGUUUUGUGUUACGGGCUGCCAUCUUGCAUGAGUGUCAAAACUACUUAGGGGGCAGGGGCAGUUUGGAAGGAAGCAAGAAAAAUAGAGGGACUGUAUUAAAUAACAUCACUGCAGCUCGCAUUCAGGAGGUGUGACAGGAAUUUCACGCCUUUCACCAAUUAUUAAUUAAGAAACUCUGCUGGUGAUGAAAAACAUGCCAGACACAUUUAGCAUCUAUUAUGCGUGUUUACAAAUAUCUCCUUGCGAAACAGUGAUUUUAUAAUAUUUCUGGGCCAUUCCUCGAAAUCAAAUCAGCAAACAUGCUCAAGAAAACAUUUUCCUAAUCAAUACCAAAAAUCCUUCAUGUGUUUGCGCAAGAUGUGCCUUAUGGUAUGAAAGCGUACUUUUUAUGGAAACGUCGACUUGUCAACGACUUGUCAAUGUCGGCAACUUAGAUUAAACCCGUUGUCAACGCAAAUUAACAUCUAUUGUCUAAUGACCAAUCAAACGCCUGCGUUGCUGGUACAACGUGCUCCGUGAACGCGAGCCACAGUGAUGUUAUUACAGUCCCUCUAUUUUUCUUGCCCCUCCUCCCCCCAGAGCUAUAAACGCCGAUGCCCGCCCCCUCGGUACAUUUGAAAAUCAAGAUACCCGUGACGGUAAGAAGCGGUAUAUCUAAACCAUAUCACAAAAACAUAGGGGACUGUGAACAGUCUAGGAGAGCUUUUAAACAGUAUUUGAUUGUCAAACAAACGUGGAGGAGGUGGUCACUUUUUGCUGAUGACCAAAAUAAGCUUUUCCAAAACUGAUAGAUGGUUUUAGCACAUUCACAUCCACUUUAUGAUUCCUGGACAUUUCUCGUGGAUCUUUUAAGUGGAAACAUUGCCUAUUUAGAAAAUUAUAAUAAAAAAAUAAUAAUAAAUAUUACCUUUUCAUGCAGUGAUAUAAAAUAUCCUGACUAAGGAUUUCUUUUAAGGCAAGUGCAGCGGAUGAACUUGCCCGGCGACAAGCCAGUGAAGUGCAUCACUCUGAAGAUUUUUAUCAUCCAUGGGGCCCUCCAAAGGGCAACUUUAAACACAGAAUGAUCUCAACAGGUAAACAUGCGCAGCAUCGGGAAAAACGGAUUUGGUCUUGACUAUUAGGUAGUAAGUGAAUGCUUUAAGAUGGAAUCCACCAGGAAAUUGAGUGAUUCUAAUUUUCACUGGAAAAAAACUUGUACCAGAAUAAUUUAAAGAAUAUUGCAAUUUCUUUUACAUUUUUCAAGGGCUAUAGAUGUAAUUAGUUAUCGUAAUAAGACUAAAGAAAAUUUCUUAUGGGAGCCCGAGAAAGUAAAUGUCAAAUUUCAAAAGAAUUGUGAAAACACAGGUAAAAUUCUGAAAAUUUCAUGUGUAAGAUGUCAUUUCAUGAAAUUUGACAUUUAUUUUCUUGGGCUCCCUUAAGAAUUUUUCUUUGGUGUUAUCACACUCAGAUAAGUAAUUAUUAUUAUAUCUUUAGCCCUUGAAAAAUGAAAAAAAAGAAUGCAGUAUGCUUUUAAUCAUUCUUGACAGUGGUACAAGGUUUUUGUCCACUGAAAAUUAAAAUUACUCAAUUUCCUGAUGGAUUACGUCCUAACAUGAUUUAAAGGCAGUGGUAAAUGAAAAACACAUAACCUUCAGCCUGAAAUGACCAUUGAUAAGCUACUAUAGACGCAAGUGAAGUGAAGAUUCUUGUUUCAAAUUGCCUUGUGUGAAUAUUUACUUUGAGAUGAAGGAUCACUGUAAAGCCUUUUUCCUCAAACCUUGUCAAUUGUCAGCAUUACAUCUAAUAAUUGUCUUGUAUUGAAAAGUAAUGUAGAUGUAAGGCUUUAACAGUAUAACUUACAUAGUUUUUGUGUUAAUGAAGCCAAGCUGCGGAACGAUUGGCCCUAAAAGGAAAAGGUAUUCAUACUAAAUUAAUCCCUUUAUGUCUAUAGGUCUGUUCAUUGAACCAGCUGCUGAUUGUGCAGUCAGGGAGCUGAAAGAAGAGACUGGCAUUAAACUUGAUGCAGAUGAAGUUAAAAAUUCCCCUCAAGUUGACUUGCUGCAGACUGAUAAUUUUAACCCUCACAAAGGUAAUAGAAAAUGAUUAAUAAUUUUGCCAUCAAUCAACGUAUAACUGUAAUGAGGUAAAAACAAUGUCAUCUUUAACUCUGUCUCUUUUAUUAAUUAUAAUAGUGUCCUAGAUACCCAUCAUUUACUAGUUCUUGACACAAAAUACCGGUAUCAGCACUGCAUGAGAGACUUACUCUAGCAAUACACUAUACACUACAUUUAUGCACAGGGCUCCCACACUCCUUGCAAGUCCUUGAAUUUUAAAAUAAAUUAUUAUUCAUAGCCUUGAAAUUCGUUGAAAAUUGCAGUCAGUGCUGAAAAGUCUUUGAAUUUCAAUGCUAAGGAGAACUGCUGCAAAGGAAAAAGAGCAAGCACAGGAAGACCUUCGGGAUAAAAUUGCUCAUGCAUGUUUUGAAAGAACUGAAAUAGACAGACUCCAGGCUCUUUUUUUGAAUUAUAGGAAAUGUUUCCUUGAAAGUCCUUGAAAAGUCCUUGAAUUUUUUGUUCAAAAACGGGUAUGAACACUGUCUGAAGCUCAAAAACAAAUAAAAAGGGAUAUUGGUCACUUACUGUUCAUUUCAAAGGUGUCCACAUCCUAAACGACUGAAAAUCUACAUGGGGUCAACCAAAUCUGAAUGAAUAAUGGUGGCUUUUACCCAACCUUUAUGAUUUCUCAACUUCCAUCAGGUGACAUGGUCAAGUAUUUUCUGUAUGUGUACAGACCACACAACAUUGAAGAUGACUUGAACAACUCACAAGACAUGGAUCAGUUGGAUAGUUCUAACAAUUGUGAAGCAGAAAAUAGCUUAACAGCUGAAGGUUGGUAUUAAAGUUGAAGAUAAAAGUGCACAUUUUCAAGUGAGCUGGCCAAUCAAGUUUUCCGUGGCAAGUCGUGUCUGACCAAAAAAGGCAAAAUGUAUCACACGUAACCCAGAGGGCAUUGUGUGUCCCAUUCCCCUUCAAUGAGGACAAUCAUUUGAGUUUAGAGGGGAGGGGGCUGGUUGUUUCAGGUAUGGGUGCCAUCAGUUCCACCACAUGAAUAAAACAAGUGAAAAAGCAAGUUACCCUUUGGAAACAAGAAAAUAUAGGUACUACUUUUAACUGGGAUAUUGCCACAUAUAUGUACCCCCUCCCCCUAAUCCCUCUGCCCCCAACAAUAUAAUGACAGCAUAUAACGUGACUUCAAGAUUUGAUCAACUGAAAAUUCAGAAACAUGAUUAUUAUAUUAUUGAUAUUUGAAAAACUGCAAUAUAUAUUAAGCCCAAUAUGUUGAGUUCAUCUUUACCCCAUAAAUGGGACAUAGAAUGGUCAUAAUUAUUUUCAUUUAAAUUUGUAUUUCUGCAGUUCACAUCAUCUUCAUUCCAUGUUUCAUUCCAUUCACGGGUUAAGAUAAACUCAGCAAGUUAGUUCAGUCGGUAGAGCACUGCACCACUAACACAGAGGCCAUUGUAGGGUUCGAAUCCCGUUGAAGUCCCAAAAUUUUUUUCUGGUAAAUUGCAAUAAUUAUUAUUGCAUUUUUUUGCAAUACCACUGUUGACAAUCAUAUCUUCAUUUAAUUUUUUUUUUCUGCAGUUUGCAUCAUCUUCAUUCUAUACUGUAAUAUAGCUGCAGUAAUUUCUAUUUCUUUAAUAAAAUCUUGCAAGGCGAAUUAAGUUUUAGUUUUUUUUGUCUGAUAUUACAUUUAAAUCUCUUCUAACUAUCCAUCAGGUAAAUUUCUUUUUGUUUAACGGGGCAGCAGUCCAAUGUGGUGCCACAGUAUGGGGCUCUUGUUUCAAUGCUGAUGACACAUCAUUAUUUUCCUGUAUUUCCUCAGUGGUGGAUUUUGAUGGAUCCACUAAGCAAAACACAGAUGGCAAAAACAUUGAUGAUGGAAAAGAUGAGCCAGAGAGAGGUGAGCCCCCUGCCGGAGAACAGUUGAAAGAAGAGACCUUGAUUACAGAUGAAAACUUUCAAGGUUCCAUGGCUGUUGAUGAGGAAAAAGCCAGUAAUUUGGGGAAGGUGCAGGUAUCCAGGGGCCCUGAUGAAAUAUCGGGAGCCUCUUUCUCAGUGGAGAGACGUGGUGUUAAACGAAAAAGGGACCCUGAUGAUGAUAACUAUGGUGACAACGAAAUGGAGAGUGGCCAUCAGGUGCAAGGUAGCAACUUCAGCAAUUCAAUGUAAAAAAUAAUAAGCUUAAUGUCAUGAAAAACUAGCCUGUUCACAGACCCUCUAUUUUCUCUUUGAGAUCGUCAAUUAUGCGUAUGGAAAAGAAAGCAGGGGAAUCAAAUUGUCAAAAAAUGUAUAUAUAUCUGUGGACCAGCUAUCGGAACAACAAAAUUAAGCAUUACAUUCUCAUGAAUAAGUACAGCAGCUUGCAUUGUGGUCAAGUCCACCAUGCAGCAAUAUUAUUGUAAUAAGUAUUGUACUUACUUUUAUGGAUGAAAACUAACCAAAAAUAUAACACAGAAGAAAACUUAAGGCCGGUGAGUACAUAAACAUAUUAAAUCAUAGAUCGAGCUAAAGGAAUAUUUUGUUAAGAAACUUUUCCUGGCAAAUGACCGUAAUAAUUUUUUGCAUUAUUAUGAUCCAAUACCUUUCACUACAUACCACUUUUCUCUUUUUUUUUUUUAUUUUAAAUUUCAAUUUACUGUCUAUUACGAUUAUAAAAUAAAAUACAGUAAACAAAUUCAGCAUUAUUAUUAAGAUGAAGGUAUUUUAUCGAUUUGGAAAACCUUUUUAUACUGGUACAACAUUCAUAAAGAUCAAGUUGAGGGAUUCUAGAAGGCUGCUAACACUGUGUACUGUACCCAGCUAGUUUAAUAAUCAUAUUCAAGAACCUCAUCACCAGUAUGAACUUUAUAGGUAACCUGCUACUGGAGAUAAAACCCCCCCUCAACCUUAUGAAGCCAAUAGUAAUCUGAGUCCUGACUUCAGUGAGUUAGUGCCAUUUAUCAAACUGACACUGAUUCCAUGUUAACCCUUUAAGCCCUACAAUACAAGAGUGAUCAGUAUCAAAAUUCUCCUUGUGAUAUCAAUGCUUUAGAAAACAGAUUGGUGAUGAGAGUUAAGAACAUGAUCACACAAAUAAGAAGUAGUUGGCAUAAUACUUCAAUAACUUCUCACUACUACUUUUAUGGAAACCUAUGGGGACAGCAAAUGGGAAUUUAAAUUUUGAUAUUAGGGCUUAAAGGGUUGAGGAUGCUUUAAAACUGUAGAAUAAAAUAUACUAUUAUUGUAAUUUUUUUUAAUGAUGGAAGUAAAUGCCUGUUUUUUUUUUCGUUAAUUUGACUUCUCUGCCAGGACAGUCCACAACACCAACGAAAGGUGAAUGCUUACUUGUCCCAGUGACUGCAGACACACCCACAUCUGCUUGUACACAAGAAGUAAUCACUGCAGCAAGGUCACCACAUGUUCAGAGCAGUGUGCAUGAGGAAUGUGCAUGGUUUACUUUACAGGAGGCAAGAAUUAAGUCUCCAGUGUUUGAACAGAUAUCCCAAACAGAACAAUUCAAGAAACUUCUUAAUUCCAUAACCAGCCCAGAAGAGAGGUAGCAGUUGUAUAAAAAUUAUUUUUAAUUAGUUAAUUUACCAGUUAGCUUGGGCUAAUUCAAGGCCAAUAUUAUAUUUUUCAAUUAUUAUUUUGUUAAUUCAUCAUGUUUUAGAAUUAAUUUGCACAUGCCUUAAUCAGCAAAAACAGUAUUGCUUGGUUUUAUCAAGAAAAUAAUUUAUUGUCCAACAACAGGACUAAAAAUUGGGGAAGAGUCAUUUGAUUUUUCUCGGACUACACCAGAAUUACACUGUCUAAUAAGUUACAAUAAGUGAAAGGAGAACAACAUUUUUAUGUAAAAUGUUGAAAAAUGCAAAUUUCUUCCUGAAGAGAUUCCAUUUAAAUGGUUGUACAGUGCACGUGUACCAUGUGAUUUAUUCCACAGUCUUAAAAGUCAGGACUGCAUGCACUUGUCCACAUAAUCACCUCUUCGAGUACAAGGUCGAGUCAUCACGUAGUUUCAGACCCAUAGUAUGUAUUCUUUAUAUUGUACUGGUUUAAGCAAUGAGAGUGAUUAGCGUCAAAUUUCUCCCUGUAAUAUCAAUGUGUCCUAAAACAGAGUGGUCAUGAGAAUUACUGUGAAAUAUAAGGAUGCACAUGAUCAUACAAGAUGAACUUCUUCCCACUACACUGUACUUCAAUAGGAAAUGUAUCAAAAGCAAAACAAGGGAAUUUAAAUUGUUAUAUUUGGGUUCAUAGAGUUUAUGCUUUGGUAAAUUAUUUUGGAAGUUUCUUGUCAGGUAGGAUGGAGCAAUACCAUUAUUAUGUAGAUGGAGUUAGUUAUUGUUAAUCUUCUCUGCUUCGAGAGGUCUUUCUACAGGUGCUCCCGUUUUCCCCUCUCCUGAAAAACUAAAUACUAAUUCAUUGUGGAAAGCAUCUCCAAUUAAUGAUACUGGAAGUCUAUCAGUUCUCAGAUCUGUUAAGUGUACACUUAGCUGUAUCCCUCUUUCUUCUUCAUCUUCUUCUUCUUCUUUUUUUCUACUAUUGUCUCAGCAAAAAUUGUUUUCUGGCUGUGGACAUGGCCAGGUUGUAUCAGGGGACUACAAUUCUUGGACAAAACAGGUGGAAAAAUAAAAUCCCCCUCCC